CGAAGGAGGUUUUGUUGGUCGACUUUGCCAAGAUAAAGAGAGAGGCCAUCUCUUUUCUCUUUCCCUUUCUCUGCAAGAAAUUUCCACACUUUCUCUCUCUAUAACUCAUUUUCGUUCUCUCUAGGAAAAGAAAGUUCCAAGCUUUACUCGAAAAAAGACUCUGUUUGCUAUCCUGCCAUCAAGUUUCUCACGAAAAUGGCAAUCGAAGAUCAAGAGAACACAAUCCGAGAAAUCAAGCCUAAGAACAGAAGAAUCAUGGGAGCUGGUGGACCGGAGGAGGAAGAUAACCGAUGGCCGCCAUGGCUUAAACCUCUGCUUAAAGAGCACUUCUUUGUUCACUGCAAGUUGCAUGUAGACUCUCACAAGAGUGAAUGCAAUAUGUAUUGCUUAGACUGCACCAACGGCCCGCUCUGCUCUCUCUGUCUUGCCCAUCACAAGGAUCAUCACACCAUUCAGAUAAGGAGAUCUUCUUAUCAUGAUGUUAUAAGGGUGAAUGAGAUACAAAAGUAUCUUGACAUAUCAGGUAUCCAGACUUAUGUGAUAAAUAGUGCUAAAGUCGUCUUCUUGAACGAGAGGCCUCAGCCUAAGACAGGGAAAGGCGUUACCAAUACCUGCAAAGUUUGCUACCGUACUCUCGUUGACGACAGCUUCCGCUUCUGUUCUCUUGGCUGCAAGAUCGCUGGAUCAUCUAGAGGCUUUGAAAAGGGAAGGAGGAACCUUUUGACGGAAUCAGAGGAUUCAGGUAGCAGCAUGGGAAUUGGGAGGAACAUAUCGAAUCUCCAGAGUUUCAGCCCAUCAACACCUCCACUGACUACAUCUACUAGUUGCAGAAUCGCCAAGCGAAGAAAGGGAAUCCCUCACCGAUCUCCAAUGGGAUAGAAACCGGUUUAAAAGGAAGAAGCAAAAGAGUUAAAGCUAAUACAGAAGCUUUGGCCAUUUGCUAGUUUCUUGAUCUAUAAGAUUAUACUUAAAAGGUAUACAGAAGCUUUGUCUCUUAUCUUUUUUUUCAUAUAAUGGAAGAAAUGGUCUUUUGGUUGUGUUAGCAAAAAGAAAAGGCCUUAAGUUAGGUUUUAUCCUACUAAUGGUAAGUCUGUGAAUAUGUAAUGUGCUUUGUGUGUAUAUAUGGAUGUGAUACAAAAAAGUGUAGAAAUGGGAAUAUAGGGAUUUUAAGGGGGUGAAAAUGGGAAUAAAACAAAGUUUAAAUUUGUUUUCA